CCAUAGUAUAUGAACCACUAUCCAUUUCUCAUUUCCACAACCUAAAACAAAGAAGAAUUAGUUGAUCGGAAAGGUAAGAUUCCGGCGAACUUUCCGGCAAUCAAGAUGGCUUCUCUAACAGCUGGGGCUGCCUCCUCCUCGUUGGGGGUCUCAGAAAUGCUGGGAAACCGACUUAAUUUUUCGCCUGUGCCCUCUUUGCCUUCUUCUUCCUCAGUCUCCUCCAAGAUUGUGGCCCUUUUCUCAAAGAAGAAGGCUGCGCCCCAGAAAUCUAAGCCGGCAGCUGUGUCUCCGAUUGGCGAUGAGCUCGCCAAGUGGUAUGGUCCCGAUAGGAGAAUUUUCUUGCCUGAGGGUCUCUUGGACAGAUCCGAAGUUCCCGAGUACCUUACCGGAGAGGUUCCCGGAGACUAUGGCUAUGAUCCUUUUGGAUUGAGCAAGAAACCAGAAAACUUCAGCAAGUACCAAGCUUAUGAGCUAAUCCACUCACGUUGGGCUAUGCUGGGUGCCGCCGGUUUCAUAAUCCCUGAGGCCUUCAACAAGUUUGGUGCCUCUUGUGGUCCUGAAGCUGUCUGGUUCAAGACUGGAGCUCUUCUUCUCGAUGGCAACACACUGAGAUACUUUGGUGCAAACAUCCCCAUCAAUCUUGCUGUAGCAGUCAUUGCUGAGGUUCUGCUGUUGGGUGGAGCUGAAUAUUAUAGAAUCACUAAUGUCCUGAAUUUGGAGGACAAGCUUCACCCUGGUGGACCUUUUGAUCCAUUGGGGUUGGCCAAUGAUCCAGACCAGGCUGCUUUGUUGAAGGUGAAGGAGAUCAAGAAUGGAAGGCUGGCCAUGUUUGCAAUGCUUGGCUUUUUCAUUCAAGCCUAUGUCACUGGUGAAGGCCCAGUUGAGAACCUCACCUCUCACCUCAGUGAUCCUUUUGGAAACAAUCUCCUCACUGUGCUUCAAGGAUCAGUUGAGCGUACCCCCACCCUAUAAAUUUCAUCUUAGUCCCCUCUCUCUCUCUGUCUAACUUCUAUGGCUUACUCAUGUUGAAAUACUAGACAGUCAUGGAGUGUUAAUAGUAUCGUUCCUUUCAUUGA